UCAGAUUAUGUCAACAUCCCUCUUCCAGUGACCCAACCUCACCGAAGGAUGGAUAUUGAAGACCUCACUGUUCAUACCCCGAACUGGGAUGUUCUGGUGAGUGACUCUGCCAAUAACCCAACUAUUGCAGGUAGGAUGGUUGCGAAGGCUCCAACUCCGGCUGACUUCAGUCGAUACGAAGCGCUUGCUUUGUCAGACAAGGUGUCAGAGCUGAACGUUGCAGCUAUGAAGGUUGUUUCUGUUCUUGCCACAUUGCCUGGAGGUAUUGCCAACAUGGCUCAUAAUGAAACAGCGGCCAUUGAGCGGGCUGAAGCAGCUGCUUUGGCAAAGGCUAAGGCAGAAGCCGAGCUGGAGGCAUUCCGUGCUGAAUUAACUGAGAGGACCGAAGCACUGAAUGCUGCAAAUGCCAAGGAGCUGAAGUACCGUAAGGAGAAAUUGAGGCUGGAAGCUGAGGUUACUAGGCUUUCAAAAGUUGCUGAAGUUGACCGAGUGAAGGCGAUUGCUGAAGGCAAGGCCCUGGGGGUCCGGGAGUUCAAAGCUUCAGAGGAGUUCAAAUUGACUCUUCGUCAAGAAGGCUACUUUGGUGGUCGUGGUGCCUUCAAGAUGGCCAGGAAGGCUUUGAUUGAUGCUGGGCAGGAUCCAAGUAUUCUUGACAAGCUUUGCCCCGUUCUUGUUGGGAAGGAUGGACUGGAGGAAUCAAAGGAAGACAUAUAUGCUGAACUCGCUAGGGCUGAGGAUGAAGUACGUGGCCAGGCUGAAGAUGAGGAGAACUCUGAGGAAGAUUUUGAGGAGCGGGAUGAACUCCCUUCAACUGUUGACCUUACCGCAGUCACAUCCGAUGAAGAUCCUCCUCGUGUCAUCCCUGCUGAAGGUGAUUCUCCUAUUCAAGCAACUGAGCCAGGUGAAGUUCGUGCCUUUACUCCUGAGGAUGUUCCUCCUUCAAAUCCUCCUGAUCUUAUCCAGCCUGAAGCUAGCCUGCAUGAGCCUUCAGAGACUGAACUGCUUCCUUCAGUUGAAGAUAUUUAGCUCCU